CCGACAUGCUAUGGAGGCUCUGACAUCCUCAGACAGUACCUCCCUUAAUUACCUCACCCACGCUGGGAGGAUGGUGUUGAGCGGAUUGUCCAAGCUCAACCAGCAGAUCGACCGCAUCAACUUCGUGGAUGUAUUUUAUGAAUUCGUUCUACUAAGCCUUCUAGAAGGAAAAACAUCUCUUCCUACAUCUAGGCCUGGUAGCUUCUUUUAUCUGCUCAUGGAAGUGAUAAAGAGGAUUCACCCUCCUGGAGGAGCCUGGACAGAGGCUGCUUGGAACUUCUACCUCCUCAUUAAGGGCCAGAUGAAGGCGUGGCUGGACUCCAUCUUCAACCUCGAUGAGUCCAUCUAUGAAAGCCCACAGAGGCUCUCGGGGCAGGUGAUGGGGAAUCUAGAAAUGCAGGUUGAGUUCCUCCUGUCCAGCCUGGAUUAAGGGUCCCAAACUGAGCUGAGGAUCACUAACACAAAAUAAAGUUUUUUGCAUUUAAACAUUAUCUGUCAAUCGUAAACUAACUUUACAUAAUGUGUGGGGGAGAGUGGGGUAA